CGUAGCACCUGGGUCUGUUUCAGGGCGGGCGGUUCCCGUCCUCCCUUUUACUUUCGGUUUAUUCUUCCUCCUCUGUGGCCGUGAGAUGACCCGCGGACCCUCUCUGUAAGUGCAAGAGAUGGAAUUUCAGAGGCGGCUCUUAGAGGGAGGGAAGGGCCUGUCUAAGGACGAAGUCAAAGCGUUAGCAUUUCUUUGCACCGACCUCCUGGGCCGAAACCCGACCUCCGUGGAGUCAGCCAAUGACCUCUUCUCUCGUCUGGCGAAACGAGACCAUCUCUCACCUGACCGACUGCAGCUGUUGACCGAGCUUCUGCUCAUCAUCAAACGCACCCGUCUGGUCCGUGACCUCAAUCUCAGUGACCGAGAAUCUACAACAAGUGGCAUCAUUUCUCCUUACAGGAAGCUGCUCUACAGCCUGUACGAGGAGAUGACUAAUGACGACUUGACACAUGUGAAGUUCUUGUUGCACACAACGCUCCCGCGUAGGAAACUGGAGGAAGAUAUUACUCUGCUGGAAAUCUUCCUGGAGAUGGAGCACAUGGACCUCCUCAGUGAGUCUAACCUUGACGGACUGGAGAAAAUUAUUCAGUCAGUCUGUCCCAUGCUGAAGGAAAAGAUCAACACGUUCAAAGCACGGCGGGCAUUCCAGUCUCAGGCCCAGUGCUCCAUGAAUUCUCCCACAACCUCUGUGGAUGUGUUACAUGUUGGAGAUGAAUGUGGGGCUUUGCCAAAUAGACGUCGAGCUUUAAGCACUGAAACAGGCAACUGUGCCUCCUUGAAAGGUCGUUUGAACAGUGAUGCUUUGGCAUUGUUGCCGUCUCAAGAAAACGAGAUGUCCCCUGAAAAGCCGACAUCUACAGAACCAAACUAUGAGGGUUUGGGAAUAUAUCCAAUGACUGCAGCAAAGAGAGGUAUCUGCUUAAUACUAAACAACUACAACUUCUCUACUCUCAAGAAUCGGGAGGGGACCAUGACUGAUGAAAAGUUUCUGCAAGAUGUGUUUAAGUGGCUGGACUUUGACGUGGAUAUACGACGCGACUGUACGGGCGAGGAGAUGCUGUCCGUGUUGCGGGAGCUCGGCAGGAGAGACCACAGGCAGAUGGACUGCGUGGUAUGCUGUGUUCUCAGCCAUGGCCGUGAGGGCAGUGUGUGUGGCGUAGAUGGCAUCACUGUCAAGCUCAAGGAGCUGAUGGAGUCUUUGAAUGCAUUAAUGUGCCCCACUUUGGCAGGAAAACCCAAGCUCUUCUUCAUCCAGGCUUGCCAGGGCACCAACGAGCAAACGGCUGUCAAUGUUGAGGUCGAUGGCUACAAUCUGGUUUGCAGUGACACAGUUGAAGUGAAAGACUCCAUCCCAUCUGAUGCUGAUUUCCUGCAGGCAAUGGCCACCGUUCCUUCCUUUGUCUCCUACAGAGAGACGAAGAAUGGCACGUGGUUCAUUCAGUCGUUGUGCCAAAACCUUGUCCUGAUGGUGCCCAGGGGGUUUGACCUCAUGUCUAUCCUGACAAAAGUGAACGCAGAUGUUAGCAACAAGACGGAUCUUUACCGUAAAAAAAGGCAAAUGCCUCAACCAGCCUUUUCACUCAGGAAGAAAGUGGUCUUUCCGGUCCCUGAAGCCCCUCCUCCCAGUUUGCCCUCUGUUUGAUUUCCUCACACAAAUCAAAUGACAAAGGGUACAUUUUUGAAAAUUGUUGUAAUAUUGUUAUGAUAACUCCUGUGCCAACUACUUUUUGCUACUGGUGACAAUGUGAUGUAGUUGAAAACCUGAAAUUAACCUCAAGUGGAGAUGAUUUUGUCACAAUAUUUUUUCAAGGUUUACAUGAGACAUUCACACUGGUAUGAUACUCACUGUGUACACAAACGUACCAAAUCUCCUCGUCCAUUUGGAGCAUAACCAAAGUUUAAUAUUUGUAAUGUUUGUUAUUAUGAGCUCCAUGAAUGAAUAAUGCACAUCAUUUCAAGAGUAAAUGCAACAUCCUAGUCUUUUAUAACGUUUUAUUUGACAUGUAGUUUUAGACUUAGACACUGUAAAGUAACAGCAAUUUCCCAUCAACCAAAGCACUCAUUUUAUAUGCACUGCCAAGUAUUAUGUAAUUUUCUCAUCAGUAGUUCUGCGUUUUUGUUAAAUUUGGACUAUUUUAACUGAAUUCUGUUGGUCUAUUACAUUCAUAACUUUCUACAUCUUCGAUGCAACUGCUCAGUGAAGACCUGGAAUUGACCAUGGUGCCACAAAACUGCAUUCAAAUUGAAACAGAAUCUAAUAAAAAAAAUUGCUGAAAAGGA